CCAAUUUUGAAUGCGAUUUGCUCGCAGGGUCCGAGGACUGCUAAAAAACCGAGUUGUAUGAAUCAAGAGGAUUCAAAAGUGUGCCGACCAGCUUGUUUAUCAGCUUCUUACUCUUUCAUUACUAUUUCAAUACUUUAAAAAAAUGACCGCAUUUGAAGAGUUCGGCGUUAUGCCCGAGAUUGCCAAAGCAAUCGAUGAAAUGGAAUGGAUGCUGCCCACUGACGUUCAAGCCGAGGCAAUUCCACUGAUUCUUGGAGGUGGAGAUGUUUUGAUGGCUGCCGAAACAGGAAGUGGCAAAACUGGUGCAUUCUGUUUGCCAAUUUUGCAAAUUGUGUGGGAAACAUUGCGUGAUAUUAAGGAAGGAAAAGGUAACAUAGGUGGCGAAUACAAAGGAAAGCUGUGGACUCUUUCGUUAACCGAUCGGGACAAUGCAAUGGCUAUAACUCCGGAUGGUUUACGCUGCCAGUCACGUGAAUUCAAGGAUUGGAACGGAUGCCGUGCAACAGCAGGUGUCCAUGGUACUGGAAAGUACUUCUACGAGGCAACAAUUACUGAUGAAGGCCUAUGUAGAGUCGGAUGGUCGACCGAACAGGCGAGUCUUGAUUUAGGUACCGAUAGGUUUGGCUUCGGAUUUGGUGGAACGGGAAAAAAAUCCAACUCCAAGCAAUUUGAUAAUUAUGGCGAGGCAUUUGGAAAACAAGAUGUCAUCGGUUGUAUGCUGGAUCUAGUUUCCGGGGAGGUUGGUUUCACAAAAAAUGGUGUGUUUCUGGGAGUGGCUUUCAAAGUAAGUGAACCAUGGUUUAAGAAUGCCGUUUUCUAUCCCGCUGUUGUUUUAAAAAACGCUGAAACAGCAUUCAACUUCGGUCAAACAAAUUUCAAAUAUCCGCCUCCAAAAGGCUACAUAGCAGUAUGCAACGCAUCAAACGAUGAAUUGACGCACAAUCCCAAUACCGGGCCAUCGGGAAGAGCUUCGGGCUUCGAAGUAAAGCCGAAACCUAAUGCUCCACAAGCGAUAGUGAUCGAACCGUCCAGGGAAUUGGCCGAACAAACGUUUAAUCAGAUUCGAAAAUUUAAAACACAUCUGAAGGAUCCGGAAAUUCGGGAGCUACUACUGAUUGGCGGCGUGAACGUGCGUGAGCAGAUGGAUGUAUUGCAGUGCGGAGUGGACAUUAUUGUAGCUACACCAGGCCGUCUUGAAGAUCUGAUCAGUAAUGGAUACGUACUGCUAAAUAAUUGUCGCUUUUUUGUAUUGGAUGAAGCAGACGCACUCCUGAAGCAAGGAUACACUGAACUGAUCGAUCGGCUCCAUAAGCAAAUACCGAAAAUCACUGCGGACGGACGUCGACUACAGAUGGUUGUAUGCAGUGCUACCCUACAUUCUUUCGAAGUGAAAAAGAUGUCGGAACGAUUGAUGCAUUUCCCAACAUGGGUCGAUUUGAAGGGUGAAGAUGCAGUACCGGAAACCGUCCAUCAUGUUGUUUGUAUGGUUGAUCCACAGAAAGACAUUAGUUGGCAAACGAUGCGCAGCCACAUUCAAACGGAUGGUGUACAUUCUCGUGAUAAUGUUCGUCCGGGAUCCAACACUGCCGAGGCGCUUUCGGAAGCUAUCAAAAUGUUGAAAGGCGACUACACCAUAAAAGCAAUCGAUGAGCACAACAUGGAUCGAGCAAUAAUUUUCUGUCGUACGAAAUUGGAUUGCGACAAUAUGGAGCGCUAUCUGCGACAAGUAGGUUCGCAAAAAUAUUCUUGUGUGUGCUUGCACGGAGACCGCAGUCCAAAAGAAAGGAAGGAAAAUUUGGAGAUGUUCAAAAGCAGCAAAGUAAAAUUUCUCAUCUGCACUGACGUGGCUGCCCGAGGGUUAGACAUUACGGGACUACCUUUCAUCAUUAACGUAACACUUCCGGAUGAAAAGUCCAAUUAUGUUCAUCGAAUAGGUCGUGUCGGUCGCGCCGAACGCAUGGGGUUAGCUAUUUCCCUGGUAGCGACAGUGCCGGAAAAAGUCUGGUAUCACGGUCAGUGGUGCUCAUCCAGGGGCAAAAACUGCUGGAAUACCGAUUUGACCGACACAAAGGGAUGUUGCAUAUGGUAUGAUGAGAAAAUGUACUUGGCGGAAAUAGAAGACCAUCUCACCGUGACCAUACCACAAAUAGAAAAAGACUUGAAGGUUCCGUUGAACGAAUUCGACGGUAAAGUAGUUUACGGUGCAAAGCGUAUCAACACAGGUACCGGUUACAAGGACCAUGUUGAGCAGCUCGGUCCUGUUGUCCGAGAGUUGUCGCGUUUGGAGCGUGAGGCCCAAUCAUUGUAUUUAAAAAAGCUGGCAGUGUAAACUAAAACGGAUACAUACGCAAACAUUUCUAAUAAAAAAGUUAUCCUAU